AUAUUCAACCAAAGGCUCAUAAUUUAGGGUUUAUCAAAGGUUUUGGGGAAAUUCAACAGAUCUUGCAAUCUAGAGAGAGAAAGAGAGAACAAAGCAAAGAUGUUCGGAGGAAUGUUCCAGAAGAAACCAAGCAAGGAAGAAGCUCUGAAGCAGCUUCGAUCCCAUGGGUUGAUGUUCGGAGCAUGGGUUGUUGCUAUUCGGGUCACUCCUUAUGUUCUUCAGUAUUUCCAGAAAGAGGAGAUCACUUUGGAUCUUUGAUUCAACCCCACCAAAUUUAAGGGACACAGGCGAGAUAUAGAGAAUGAAGGGACCAAGAUAUCACUUAAUUAGUUUACUCAAGUUAUCAACAAAACCUUAAGUAUUUUGUAAGUGUCAACAUGUAGUUGGACAGUAUGUGGUCGUGAAUUAUAUCACUGGUUAUUCGUCAUAAUAAUUAUUGUACGCUAACUCCUCAUCAAUUAUCCCAUACAGCCGUAGGCUUGACAAAGGUUUUUCUUUAUUUUUAGUUGUGCUAUAAUGGGAGCUACUUGGGAAGAACACUGUAUUUUUAACACUACCUUGCCGUGUUAAUUCAGAAUUUGAAUUUGCAUUAA